AUGGAGAAACCGCACAGAAUCAUACAUUGCACUGCGUCAGUUCCCAAGUUCCUGAUAUCGCAACAGUUGUCAGUCAGCAAAAGGAGAAAAGUUGAAGAAAUUGAAGCGGUGGCGGAUGACCCAAUGGCUCAAGAGAGGCUAGUUGGUAUGCUAGCACAGGUAAGGCAGAGGAAUGUGGAGUUGGAAGAGAGGUUAAAAGUGAUAGAUAGUCAAAUGAAAGCAUUCAGAGAAAAGUAUGAGAAUCAGGUGGAUACGCUGCUGAGCCUGUUGGCCGAGAGGCGAGGGAGCCCAGCAAAUCCAGCCAGUGAAGCUGGCUAA